UUGCGACGGCGGCGCUUGGCGGCGCUGGCGGCGGCGGGGACGGCCAUGCUGCUCACCGUGUUCUGCCUGCGCCGCGACCGCUCCGAGAUCACCUUCAGCCUCCAGGUGGACGCCGACUUCGAGCUCCAGAACUUCCGCGCCCUCUGCGAGCUGGAGUCCGGCAUCCCGGCGGCCGAGAGCCAGAUCGUUUAUGCCGAGCGGCCGCUGACCGACAACAACAGGUCCUUGGCCUCCUAUGGCUUGAAGGAUGGGGACGUGGUGAUCCUGCGCCAGAAGGAGACGGUGGAGCCCCGGCCUUCCAUCCGCUUCCCAGGUCUGCCCAGGAUAGACUUCAGCAGCAUCGCCGUGCCCGGGACGUCCUCGCAGCAGCCGCAGCCGCCGGCACAGCGGCCUCGCCCGUCGCCCCCGGAUGCUCCGGCGUUCCCGCAGGGCCUGGAUAACCCGGCACUGCUGCGGGAGAUGCUGCUGGCCAACCCCCACGAGCUGUCCCUGCUCAAGGAGCGCAACCCGCCCCUGGCCGAGGCCUUGCUGAGUGGGGACCUUGAGAAAUUCACCAGGGUGUUGCUGGAGCAACAGCAGGACCGAGCCCGGCGGGAGCAGGAGAGGAUCCGACUCUACUCCGCUGACCCCUUUGAUCUCGAGGCGCAGGCCAAGAUAGAAGAAGACAUAAGGCAACAAAACAUUGAGGAGAACAUGACGAUAGCGAUGGAAGAGGCGCCCGAGAGCUUCGGGCAGGUGGUGAUGCUCUACAUCAACUGCAAAGUCAACGGGCACCCCGUGAAAGCCUUUGUGGACUCAGGUGCCCAGAUGACCAUCAUGAGCCAAGCCUGUGCUGAAAGGUGCAACAUCAUGAGGCUGGUGGAUCGGCGGUGGGCCGGCAUCGCCAAGGGCGUGGGCACACAGAAAAUCAUUGGCAGAGUGCACUUAGCUCAGGUGCAGAUUGAAGGGGAUUUCCUGGCGUGCUCCUUCUCGAUCCUGGAAGAGCAGCCCAUGGACAUGCUCCUAGGACUGGAUAUGCUGAAGAGGCAUCAGUGCUCCAUCGACCUCAAGAAGAACGUUCUGGUGAUCGGCACGACGGGCUCUCAGACCACGUUCCUGCCGGAGGGGGAGCUGCCGGAGUGCGCCCGCCUGGCCUACGGCGCGGGGCGCGAGGACGUGCGGCCCGAGGAGAUCGCCGACCAGGAGCUGGCAGAGGCAAUACAGAAAUCCGUGGAGGAAGCAGAGAAUAGUGACAAAGAAACUACCUCACUGGAAAUGCCCUCAUUACCAGCUUCUGAUGGGUUUCAAAAUCCAGUCCAGUCUUCAGGACUAAAUUCCAAGAUCUGUAAUCCCACAAAUCAAUUACUUGAUCGUUCUGUCUCUGCCCCUGCUUCAAUUUGCUCAUCCGAAUCCAGCCUCGCAGAGCCCAUUGAUCCCAGAGCCGUCAAGACUUUUGACUCUUCACCUGAACACCAGAUAACCCCGGAAAAAGAGCAUCCUCUGGUAUUAGAGCAUCUUUCCAAUAGCUCUUCCUUGGCAAAUAACCCCUCUCCCCACGCUGGGGAGGGAACCUGCUCCAAUCCAGCUUGCCUUUCACAGAAGACACUCAAACAAACAUUUACUGCUGACAUUUUAAAGGAAUGUAAUGCUAAAGGACAAGGUCACAGUCAGGAACACCCUCUGGAAGUGACAAAAGACAAUUUGACUGACACUGCUGCCAAGCACAGGCAGGAUGAAGAUGUCUGUCUGCCUUGGGGACAGGAGCAAGAGCAUGAGCUUCCCAUAGACCAUCGGACGUGCAAAGAGCCAGAAAAGGAACAUCUGGAGGAGCAAACUGAGACAACUGACCCAGAACCUCCUUGCCAAGUUGGUGGGGCUGAGAAAGCCGUUGUGGCAGAAGCCAACCAGCCAGAAGAUCCUCCCCUGGAAACGAGAGAUGGACUGGAGAGAGCAGGUCUUUCAAAAGGGAUUAUCCAGCUGUCAGCCUCCUGUGUGCACAUGGAAGCCUCCAUGGAAGUCGAUGGAGUUGAGCAGGCUGCAGCUGAAGUGCAGAGCUCAGCAAGGGAGCAGAAGCAGCAGACCGAGGACAGACGUGUAUCUGACCUGAGCUCGGACGCCUUUUCCAUGGAGGUGGAGUUGCUGAAGUCCCUGUCCUCCUCGAGGGAUCUGCUUCCCACGGGUGAUGUCCCACAGUCUGAAAGCUCGAGGGAAAUCCCUGCAGAGCUGUCUAAUUUGGUGGCUGAAGUCAGCUCUUCCCCCUCCAGCAUCCAUGAGCUGGACACUGCUCCAGGAAGACCUUCAGAAGAGCCCUAUUUCCCUCUGGCAUCAGCCUUGAAAGAGCUUCACAAACUCCUGGUUGUCAGUCGGAAGGGGGACUGUAAGAUCCUUGCCUCGGAAGAAGUCUCCCGGCUGGAAAUGGUUGACAGGGAGCCAGCAGCAGUGGAGAAGGGGCUUCCUGAGGGUGAGCAGAGAGGCUGGGAUCCAGCGAGCCAGGAGCAGAGCUGUUCCUGCCCUCAGGUGAGGUCUGAGGGGAGCCAGCCCUGUGAUUCCGGCAGAGAGCACAUCAGCACUGUGCCAGUGGGUCGCGGGCAGCCUGCGCUCGGGGAGGGGCCUUUGGGGAGGCAGAAGGGUCCAGCUAAGAGCCAUUUGGUCCUGGAGAGCUGUGCAGCCACAGCUGGGCAGCAGCAGAGCCCGGAGCAGGGGGAGGCUUUGGCAGGAGGUUCUCAGAGCGCAGCCAGUCCGACUUCGGAGCAAAACACCCCCGUUUCCUCCACACCUGCCUCAGGUGACGGUGCCCCUCGGGAUGCGCAGGGCCCGGUCACGGCAGCGCCUGGGAGAAGCGUCAGUGCUGCUGCUGAGGGUGGGUGUGAGGAGCCAAACCCACCAGCUGCUCGCGCCGGACUGGCCGUGGGUGCUGCUCCAGCCCCGGCUUUCCCUGCGGCUGACGUCGAGCGGAUCCUCGGUGCCGGUUUCACCCCGCGGGAGGCUCUCGAGGCCUUGGAACAAGCGGAUGGAAACGCAGAUCUCGCUCUUCUCAUUUUGCUGGCCAAGAGUAUCGUGGUUCCCACGUAACGGGGAGCUGGCUGGGGGGUCUUCUGCAGGAUGUAUCUUCAGUUACACACCACAACGGACGAGCAGAAUGUCGAGCCAGAUUUUUUUAAUCAUUUGCAGCCAAAGUAAUUUGUCUCUUCUGUUUUACUUGUUAGAUUUGGCCUUUUGAGAAGAAAGAAAACAUCCUAGCAUUGUGUGGACAGGAUAGCUUUUAAUUCUGCAUACUGGAUUAGAAUGACUGGGUUUAUUUAAAUGUACAAUUUUAGGAUAAGCUCCAGUGCUACGAGUAAAAAGCAGAAGCCGUUGCGCUCACUGCCCUGUCUGGAGCAAAGUGGGUUGGACAGGAAUUGGCCGUGGGAUGGGAGGUGCACGUGGAGUCCACACGGACUCUGGAUUUGUUGUAGCUCUUUGUAACCCAAAAUCCAGCUGCUGAAAUGAUCCUGGCAGCUACUAAAGAUGCGUAGAUGCCCACAGGCAUAAAAGGCUUUGUUAGAGGAGCGAGGGGUGUGGGUUUUUGGGGGAUUGUGUUUUUGUGUGUGCACGGGGAAGGCUGAUGCUUAUUUUUGCCAAACCCUUUUAAGCUGGUUAGAUUUAGAGUUGGACUCGAUGAUCCUCGUGGAUCCCUUCCAACUCAGAAUAUUCUGUGGUUCUGUGAUGCUCUUGGGCCAGUGUGUUCCAGUUUACAACAUGGGGAUAGAAGAAGGGAAGGGAUAGAAUUUGGUGCUACCAAAACUUCAAAGAGACAUUUUAACUUAUUUAGAGACGUGUUGGUAUUAAUUGCAGGGGACAGGGGGAGGGAAAAGGAGUAUUUGACUUUUUUUUUUCUAGCCUUGCCCACAUCUCAUUUCCCCCAUGCAAAAUGAACAAGCUCAACCACUUAAACGAUGACUUUGUUUAACAAACCAACCAUGUGUUAUGGCUCCCAAUCCUCCUCUGCCCAGGGAGGAAUGAACUUCAUCUUGGUGGCUGCAUUCCCUGUGCUCUGAGAGGGGCUGUGAUUGGAAAAGAAGGAAGAAUCUGCUUUGCACCGGUUUGUUUGGGAAUGAUCAGCCUCUGAGCUGGGGGGUGCGGAUCUCACACCUCCUCAAGAGCGAGGGCUCCCCAGCAGGGUUCAUGAAACAAAUGCACUGAUGUGGCUUCUGUGCUACAACCGUCGUGGCCUUCUGGGACACCCCUGGUGAGUCCCUGCGUGGUGAGGCCUCACCGAGGCUGUGCUGUAGGAAGCCCCUUCCAGACGCUUUUUUGGGGGGAUGAACUCCUUUGCGAUGCUCUGCAAAGCCCCAAAACUCUGUCGGGGCUGGGGAAGGAGAAGGAAGGUGUGGCUGAAACCAAAUUUUAACUAGGAACUUCGAUUUAGUCCCACUUGCAAAUCUCAGAAGUGGCUUUGUGUCAGGUGUUCAUCUUGAACUUGCUGCGUUGAGCUAAACGUGGAGCGAUGGCUCAGCAGCACCAGACACGUGUUUUUGUUCGUGGCUUCCAUGUGGUGUUGUCAUUGUCUCAGGCCUUUGUCCUGGUGUUUCGUGUUCCCUGUUGCUUUAGCAGGUUUCCUACGUGCGUGCUGGGCUGUUUUCGUGCAGGUGGCAUUUAAAACCAACACAGAUUUGGUUUCAUCUGUCACCUCGCAGGAGUUUCUGCUGUCGGUGAGCGCUGGUGUCAGAUUUGUCUCAGACACGUGGGUAGCCAGGAGAUCCUUUACAGUAAGGAAGGGCCUUAAGGCAUUCCACUGUCAAAUGGAGCUUUUCCGUGAGCUGGGGCAGUCCCAGCCAGGCCUGGAGCUCCCAGACAGGUUUGACUUACAUCCCCCUGCUCGUGAUGCCGGCAGCGGGUGUUGCUCCGUGUGGGAAGCAGUGCUUGGCUGUCUGGGAACCCCCCUGCUUGAGCAGCAUCCAGUGAUUCACUUGAGGCUCCGCUCCAAAUGAGUUACUGAGUUACUGCAGCUCUCUCAUCUUCACCGUGUGAGUGGUGGAGUUACCCCUGCUCAACCUUUGGUUUAAUAUUCUUGCAGUGGGCACCUCAAAUCAGCAAAAGCCCCUCUGUGAAGGGCAAUGCCUGGGCUGGUACAGGAGUAGUGUCACCAGGUCUCUAGAAGCCUUCGGAAAUAGAAUAUAUUGGACCUGUUCCCAUCUGCAUCUGGUUCACUCUCAGAGCAGCGAUGAGGCUGCCAGCUCUCAGAUCCAGAGUGACCUCAGACAGCCGAACCUGCCCCCAGUUUGUGCCCUGGGGCUGGGUCAGGUGGUCCUGGGAGCAAAGUGACACAGGUACCAGGUGCAGGUUGGCCCUCCUGGAUGCAGGAGAUGCUGAACCUGGACCCUUAGUCUGCAGGCGGAUCUACUGCCAGCUGCUUGGAGCAUCAGAUGUGGGCUGCUCGAUGUUAGCCACUCAGUGUUAGCUCCUCAGUGUUAGCCCCCUGUGCUCACCCUGUCUGUUUUGGGAGCUG